AGGUGGGAAGGGGAGGGAAGAAGAAGCAGGAUAAAGUUUCCUGAGCAACAGAGUAAAACCACUUAUGAAAGAAGAGAGCUGCAAGUGCAAAGUGAGGCUGUAAAGAUCCCGGCAGGACUACUAUGAAUUCCUUACUAUGCUCAGUCACUUUUUCUCCUCCUUUAGAUCUGUAUAUAUUUUUUUUUGGGUAUGGCUUAGUGUAAUCUGUAUUAGCCACCCCAGGCUCCAGGGCACAGCAAGAAUCGGUUGCCUAGCAGAGGUUGCUCUUUAAGGGCUGAACAGAAUUGUACUGGAAACCUUAGGGAGGCUCUCAUCCCUCCCUGGUUGCUUUAGAGAGGGAUUCGCCUAUUGGAGGUGGUCCUUGGUGCAGGUAUUGUGUGCAUGUGUGUACACAGUUCAUGCAUCACAGGUAUUUGACAGUGUGUGUGAGAGAGGAACAUUCUUGUUGAAUAAACAGGUGCAGACAGUGCCCGGAGGGCAGCACUGACUGUCUGGCCACAGCAGAGAGAGGAGGUGAACAUGAGUAGCCCCACCGCGAAGCCGACCUGCCUGUCACAGCCGAUGGUGAAGAGUGUGCUGGUAUAUCGCAACGGUGACCCGUUCUUCCCGGGGCACCGGGUAGUCGUCCAUGAGAAGAAGGUGUCCAACUUCGAGGUCUUCCUGAAAGAGGUGACAGGUGGGGUGAAGGCGCCUUUUGGGGCUGUGCGUAGCAUCUACACCCCCCGGGGCGGACAUCGCGUCCGUCAGCUGGAGGAGCUCCAGAGCGGAGAGCACUACGUGGCUGGUGGCAGGGAAGCCUUCAAGAAACUCAACUAUUUGGACAUAGGAGAUGCAAAGAAAAAGCCUGCAGAAGUCAAUAAUGAGUUAACAGUGGAAGAUGUGAAGCCAGUUACUCACAGUAGAAUCAAUGUGUCAGCACGGUUUCGAAAACCACUUCAAGAGCCAUGCACUAUUUUUCUGAUUGCUAAUGGAGACCUUAUAAAUCCAGCAGUGCGCCUCUUCAUUCCUAGAAAAACACUAAAUCAAUGGGAUCAUGUUCUUGAAAUGGUGACAGAAAAAGUAACCCUCAGAAGUGGAGCUGUGCACAGGCUUUAUACUUUAGAUGGAAAACUUGUUCAGAGUGGGUCAGAUCUGGAGAAUGGGCAGUUCUAUGUCGCAGUGGGCAGAGACAGGUUUAAGAAGUUGCCUUAUGGUGAUCUACUGUUUAGCAAGUCUACAAUAAGAAGACCUCAGGGUUCCAAAGCCUCUUCACUGCCUCCUGUUGUGGGAUUCCGAAAAUCUAAAGGGAGUGGAAAUGAUCGCCAAUCUAAAUCUACUGUUGGCUCCCGUGACGCAGGGGACAUGGUGUCAUCUCCUCAGCCUCCAAAGAGAAAGGAAAAGAGAGAACAGACUCAAGAGAAGAUUAAUUUUUCUAACAAACCCAUAAAAGUGAAGCAAAAUAUAAGAGCAACAACUUAUAUCCUUCAAGAUAAUGAUGAAGGUAUUUACAAAGCUGGUGAAAAACGGUCUGAAAUGUGGGGGGCAGCAGAAAUCCAGGAAGAUGAAGACACUCAGGUAGAGGUUCCAGUGGAUCAGAGGCCAGCAGAAACGGUAGAUGAGGAAGAAAAUGAAGAAGAGGGAGAUGAGGGAGAACUGAAUGGAGAUCAGGGAGAGGAAAUGGGGGAGGCCGUUAAUGGAAAUGUUCUCCAUAAUGAGAUAGAAGAAAAUGAAGAGAAAAUAAAUGAGAAUUAUGAAGAAGAGCAGGAAGAAGAGAAUCUUGGACAGCUGGAGGAAGAGGGGUCUUUCCACUUAAAUGGUGAAACUAAUGAAGAAAAUGGUGAGGAAAUGGAGCCGUUUAAUGAUCACAAUGAUCUUCAUCCUGAAGAAGAAACAAAAGCACCAGAGGACUUUGACAAUCAAAGCCAGAUUGAUUUUCAUCUGGAAAAAACAUCAAAUCCAAGAGUAACUGUCACCAGUCCACAAGAAAGUGAAAAAAAUGACCAAACCAAUGACCAGCAGAACAAGAAAUCAGUUAUUCACCCAGCUUUACUAUAAGGUAAGACAGCUUCAUUCAAAUAUAAACCCAUAAGCUAAUAUGUCACUUUUCAAAACUGGAAAGUUUACCCAGUCACAAUGUUAAAUUUUAACUAACUUUUUACAACAAAUAUUAAGAAAUUUUAAAUCUCUGUAGUAGAUUAAUAGAUUAAUGGAAGAAAAUUUAACUUCUGUUUUAGUUUUGAAAAGUUGGAUUGCGGCUGAUUUAUCAGCCAAUGAGAAACUAAUUUAUAAAUGAAAACACUGGCCCAGAUCCUCUGCUGGCAUAACUCAGUUUAGCUCCACCGAUGUCAACGGAGCCAUCUCUGUUUACACCACUUAGUGAUCUGGCCCACUAGUUUUUUUGCACAAAACUCUGCUAUAAGUGCUCUAUGUAUUAAUCCUGAGCAUAGUCCUUACAGUUUAAAAAUGUUACUUCACCUGUUGCAGUAAGAUGGGUCCAGAUACGCUGAGGUUUCAUUUGCACUAGUACAUAAGAGCAUCAUCCAGAACAUUGGUUGUCUUUAUUACAUGGAUUCCCACUGUCUUUAUUUUUUUUCUAAACUUCAACAGAUAAUGCCACUAUGUUGCAAGUCAUAGAAAUGAAAAUUUCUCAGAUCUUAGCCAUAUUUUAGCUAACUAUAGAUAUGUGAUAGAGGUUUCUUGGUUUUGAUUUUGAGUAGGUUUUUUUGUUAAUGCUAGCAAAUUAUUACUAAACACUCACUUUUUGUGGUUAUCAUGCAGUUAAUUUUUUUAAGUUCAUUCUAAGCUGCUGAAACAAACUUUAAAAAAAUAUAAAAAAACAUUCACAGUAAUUGAAAACCACCUAAACUGCUAUAUUUUCUCUAGCAGAUAUUUCGAUAUUUCCCCCCAAUGGAAAAGUAAUGUAUGUUGACCCUCCAAUAUAUCUCAGAGUGUUAGCAAUAUAGAUAUAUAAAAGGUGACAUUAAAAACCAGAGGAACAAAGUCUGUACAUAUUGCUAGAACUCAAAUAUAAACUUUUACCGUGUUUAGAUUUGGGUGUGGUUUAUUGAACUGGGCUGGACAAAGCACUGGAGGAUAUUCCUGUUGGGAACAAUUCUGCACUUGGGUCCCCAAUUCAGCAAAGCCCUUACCUUGUGCUUAACACCACCUUUAUUCAGCAAAGUGCAUGGGCGUGUCCUUAAGUGCUUUGCUUAAGUCCCAAUGACUUCAGUGGGACAUAAGCAUGUGUUUAAAGUUAAGCACAUGCUUAAAUGUAUUUUAAGCAAUGGUUAGAAAGAUCUGUAGAAGGCCUCUAGGCACGCUGACAAUUAAUCUUCCAAUAGUUACACUGGUUGCAUUUAGUUAAUUUGCUCCUGUUUUAUCAGCUACCAAAAACGAACUGUAUCUUCUCUGGAUACAUAUGCUCUACUUUCUGUAAAAACCAUAGCAAAUAAAUGGCUGUUGUAGCACACUUUGCUCAGUCAGAAUUGGGUCGUUCAUGUGCCUAGUUAGUAUUAAGCACAUGCCUAAAUGCUUUGCUGAAUUGGGAACUAGGGCUCUGAUCAUGUGACUGUUGUACCUAUGCUGAGCCCCACAGAAGUUAGUGGGAUCCAUGUGGUGCAGAGGUACACCUCUUGUUACGGGAUUAGGGUCUAGAUGACCUAAUAGGUACUUUCCAUCUUCACUACCUGUGAUUUUUCCUAUUACUCCUAGGAUCAACAAAUAGAUAGAAAAUGUGAAAACUUUAAAGGGACAGCUACAAUUUCAAAAACAUAUUUGUGUGAAAACUUUGUAUCUAACAGUAGGUACAUGAAGAUCCCGAUAACAAUAUUUUCUCUUUUUCUAGUUUUUUUAUUCUGUGUAUUUGGCAGCACGCUGUAUAGUCAGUGGCAUUGUUUCCCUGUAAAGUCAGUGCCUCCCUUUCUUAAAAGACUUUUAUAAACAUCAAUGGGAGAACAUAAACUUUCAUAUUUUUUCAUUUUUUAAAAAAUUUCAGGACAUGCUAUUUAAAGGGUUAAACUGAAUUUUGUUUUCAAAUUAGUCAGUUUUAAAAAGUUCACGUUGAUAGUAUAUAGUUAACUCUAAUGUAAGAUUAUUUCAUUUAUUGUCUGACAGCAGGCAGUUUUCAUUCAUUCUUAUAAAUUUCUCUCUGUUGCUUACCUAGGAGACAUCUGAGCAUACGUUUCUUCAGGAUAGCAAAUAAGACUCUUUAGAAAAUAAAAAUAUAGGCAUUUUCAGUAUGUCAUCUCCUGUAGUGAUAUAUAGUAUCAUUCAGAACAUGAAUGUUGUACCAGGUACUCUUCAGUUUGCAGAGAAAGGAUAAGCAUAGUCUGUAACUGGUAGUUCUUAUGACAUCACAGUGAAAGUGAUAGAUCUUAUAUCACUGAAUCCUUGAGUGGGUGGCCUUAUUAAGAGUGUUCCCUUUAAAAUAUUCAGUGGUGUAGGGAUAACAGAAGUGGCUAAACUAAAUUCCGUGUUCCCCAAAUGUUCCCCGUGUUCACAAGAGGAGCAAUUGCAUAGGAAUACUGUUCAUAGACAUAUCAUUUUGGGUGGUUGAAAUCCCGUUAUGUAGCCUCUAGCCAAACAAAGCACUCUAGACAUGCCAGUAUAUAGUAAAACCAUUCACCGGCUUAUGGAUUAUUGUUUAUGGGCACAUCAGUGUAUGCAUCAAAUUAUGUAUAGGUGUAUACAUAAUGUGUGAUUGAAGCUUUCUGUUACUUUGUUAAUGGAAAGUAAGAUGCUUCUGGUUUCAGCUGCUAUUCCUUAUACUUAGUACUGGUUCUAAUGGUAUUUCUCAGUAUAUUUUACUUACUGAAAAGGGAUUAUACAUAAUUUAAAGUUUUAAGCACAUGCUUCAGUGCUUUGCUGGGUUGAGAUCAGAACUCUUGAAGAACUGAGCCCUGAAUGCAGAGGAAGAGAACAGCCUAGACCUGGCAGAGAUGCUGUCAAUGGAUGAGGAGCUCAGAAAGAGAUGUGUGUGGGGCUGGAAAAUUCUGGGAGAUAAUUAAAGCCUUUACAACUAUAGGGCGUAGCUCUUUUAAACUGAUUGAAGCCAACUCCUGGCAUAUCCUGUACUGCAGAGCUCCAGCGCUUAUUUUGUGCCAGGGCUUGGCAGUUCAUAGCCUCGGCACCUCUGGGCUUGCUACAUCAGUUAUAAAUGUAAAAAAUUGCUUGAGCCUGGCCACCUCUUUCAUUGCAAAUUAAGCACUGCAGAGCUCCCCACUGGUUUCAAAUCAGUGAUAUGAUGUGGCCUUCUUUAUAGGAUCAUUUUACUCUUAGGCCUUAAUCCUGCAACAAUUUACUCACAUGCUUAACUGGGCACACUAGCUAGCCCCAUGGAAGUCAGUGCAAAAGGUCAAGAAGGUGCUUAAUGGGCCCCAGGCCUUAAUUUUCUUCACUUGUCCUUUGGUGUAUGCUUGCAGGGAUGUGGAGUAUGCUUGGAUCAGUUGUUUAAAUUACUUCGGUAAGUGUAAAAUAAUCUAAAGAAAGAGGCUCCAAACCCCUAUAUAUUUUUUUCCUCCACAAUUUAAAUUUUUUAAGGGGGCAGUUAUUCUGGCUGCUCAGGGCAGUCCAGGCCUGGCGUAAAUCAGAGUAGCUUCACUGGCUUCAAUAGAACUCUACCAGUUUACACCAGCUGAGGAGAUGGCCCAUAAAUUUGUUUAGUGUGACUCCAGAAAAUUUUCAAAGUGAUUCAAUACAUUUAGAACUGGUGGUAGUGGGGCUUUCUAGUGGUAGGCUGAGAUAUUUAGGCUCUGAAUUCUAGCUACAAUAUUAUGUAUAUUUAAGUCAGAACAUGCCUUUAAAUCACGGGUGCUGACACCAUUCAAAUGUUUGUUGUAUUAUUUACUUUCUUGUGUCUUUCAUGUAAUUAUGUAGAUAGUGUGGUUAUAAUGUUACUUUAAUGUUUGCAUGGGGGAAAAAACCCCUGAAAUCCUAGCUCUGUUCAAGCUCCCUAUUUGGAAUUUUACUUAAAGGUGCUUACAUUUCCCAGUCUCCAAAGUGAAAGAAGAGAAAAGGCUGAGCAAAGCCAAACCCCUCCCCACCGCACCCACCACAAGCAGAUGGUGGGUGCGGCUGAGCACUGAUUGAUGAUCUCCAGCAGGGAGACCAGAGCAAUUCUGCCCCAUUCCCUACUUCAGAGAAACGCCCCAGGGUACACCCUGCUGCACAAAGAAUCACCCCUCCCCCA